AUGACAAAUCGUGUUUUAGUAGCCAACAAUGGCCACAAAAAUGAAAAAGAUUUAAAUGAUUUGCAUGAAAUUUUAGAAAAUAGUCAGUUUCCAAAAAAUAUUAAAAAUAGAAUCAAAAAAGAAGUUAAUGAUAAUUUAAGUAGAAGUAAUAAUGUUAACAAUAAUCAACAGUGUUCUGGUAUAGUUGUAAGUCCUCGUCUGAGUGGUAUCACCGAACGUUUGAAAACAGAUUUAAAAAAACAUCAAAUUAAAACAUUUACACAAUACUCUAAAAGUAGUGGUUCUAUUUUAAAUAAAACCAGAUUAAUUGCACGCAAUAAGCUUGGUACUAAGAAGAAAGAUUCUACAGUUUUUGUUAAAAAUGCUAUUUAUAGUAUACCAGGCAAAUGUGGAUGCAUCUAUGUCGGAGAAACGGAAGAUUUUGAAAGACGUCACAAACAACAUAUGAGUAAUGUCAAAUAUCAUCGUGUUAAUGAGUCAGAAAGAGUUCAACAUUUGUUUGUUAGUAAUAGUAGUUGUAGUAUUCAAUUUGAAAAAAGUUUAAUAUUUGAUAGAGAAGAAAAUAAACAUCGUAGAAAAGUAUUAGAAACAGUUUAUUCAAUAGUAAAUAAAUCAUAUAAUAAUAAACGAAUGAUAUGUAAUCAAUGGAAAGUUAGUAUCAGUAAAUGGAUAAGGGAAAAAUCAGGUGGUCUUUUUAGAACAAAAACAAUAAAUUCAAAUAAUAAUAGUCACCACAAUAGUCAAAUAAAUAGUCAUAAUAUAGUUAGUCAACAAGUAAUUUUAGGAUUAAACCAAAAAGGCAAAUAUAGUUUAAGAGCACAACUACGAGCUAAAUAUAAAUUUUAA